AUGGCUGACUCCUCUCAAGACCUCGACCAACUCCUCGAUAGUGCUUUGGAUGAUUUUCAGUCCUUCAACCUUAAUUCUUCUCUUCCAAGUGGGGGAGCAAUUGCGAGCAAAAAGGAGAGUCCUUCGUUGCCGUCGGGGGUUCAGGGAUUGGGCAUGGGUUUACCUGAUUUGAGAACGAAGAAAAAGGGGAAGCAGAAGGCUUCGAAGGACAGCCACGUGGCGGAGGCGCUGAACAAGCUGAGGGAGCAGACCAGAGAGGCUGUGAAGGGCCUGGAGUCUAUGUCCCCUCCUGGUGCUGAUGAUUUGGGGAAGGAUGCCUUGAUGGAAGAUUGGGUCAAACAGUUUGAGCAGCUUGCUGGUUCUCAGGACAUGGAAUCUAUUGUGGAGACCAUGAUGCAGCAACUUCUGUCCAAGGAGAUUCUUCAUGAACCAAUGAAAGAAAUAGCAGAAAAAUAUCCGAAGUGGCUGGAAGAACACAAAUCUAGCUUAAGCAAAGAAGAAUAUGACCGCUACUCACACCAAUAUGAAUUGAUACGAAACCUUAAUGAUGUCUACGAAAAUGAUUCUGGAAACUUUAACAAGAUUGUGGAACUCAUGCAGAAAAUGCAAGAAUGUGGACAACCACCAAAUGAAAUUGUCCAGGAGCUUGCUCCCGAAUUCGAUUUAGCCAGUCUUGGCCAGUUGUCUCCAGAGAUGCUUGAAGCUCAGCCAAAUUGUUGCAUAAUGUGA